AUCGUGCCUUGAUGCAAUUGCUAAUUGCAACCCUUUCUUCUACUGCAAUCUCAUAUGUCAUUGGGUGUACUAGUUCUCAUGAUAUGUGGGUUCAGUUGAAGGACAGAUUCUCUACUGUUACCAAAGCUAGGAUUUUUCAGAUGAAAAGUGAGCUUCAGAAUAUCAAGAAGGGUGCUGAACCAGUCUCUCAAUACUUGCAAAAGAUAAAAGAUGCCAGAGAUCAUCUUGCUGCUGCUGGGGUUUCCUUUGAUGAUGAUGAUAUUGUGAUCUUGGCUCUUAAUGGUCUUCCCCCAGAAUAUAAUACGUUUCGGUGUAUGGUUCGAGGCAGGGAAAAUGUGCUCUCACUCAAAGAUUUUAGAUCUCAGUUGCUUGCUGAAGAGGCUAUUCUUGAGCAUACUACCUCUGCCACUCCUUUUGCCUCUGCGAUGAUGGCGAAUAAUCAAUCAUUCAAAGGAAAAUCCCUUGUUCUUGCUGACACUUCCACAUCUGUCCCAUCUUCUAUUUCAUCUGGCCACAAUGGUGGUGUCAAUAGUGGUGUCAAUGGAGGUUUCCACUCUAGCUCUAAUGGUGGCUCUUUUUCACAUAAUGGUGGUUUUCACUCUGGCCCUAAUAGAGGUUCAUUCUAUAGAGAAAGAGGCAGACCUCGGCAUCAGUUUUCAUCUGGUCCAAGACCGUAUCAAGCUCCACCUAAUUCUGGCCCUGGCAUCCUUGGUUCGGCAAUUCACAGGUCAUAAUUCCUCUGUUCAAUGCCAAAUUUGUUGGAAAUAUGGCCACACUGCUGUUCAGUGUUACCACAGGGGCAAUUUUUCCUAUCAAGGCAAACCUCCUUCAUCCAAUCUUACUGCAAUGCAUGCCAAUUGUUCUCCUUCCUCAUCAACUGAGCAAUUUUGGGUAGCUGAUACUGGAGCAACGGCCCAUAUGACUUCUGAUUUGUCUCAGCUUAGUCUUGCUACCCCUUUCUCUGGAAAUGAGACAAUCACCACUGCAGGGGG